CUCUAUGCAAACCUUUCAAGAUUCUUUUACGAAAUUCUCUGAUAAACCCUACAAUUUCCAUAAACAAAAAGAUCUCAAAUUUCAUUUCUUUCAAUAAGGGUGCGCCCAACCAUGGAGAGCACCGACUCAUCGACUGGCUCGCCGCAGCCUAAUCUUCCACCGGGCUUCAGGUUCCACCCGACUGAUGAAGAGCUCGUCGUUCACUACCUCAAAAAGAAGGCAUCUUCAGCUCCUCUCCCUGUCGCAAUUAUUGCAGAAGUUGAUUUGUACAAGUUUGAUCCAUGGGAGCUUCCAGCUAAGGCAACGUUUGGGGAGCAAGAAUGGUACUUUUUUAGUCCGAGGGACAGGAAGUAUCCGAACGGGGCGAGGCCAAACAGGGCGGCGACUUCGGGAUAUUGGAAGGCGACAGGGACGGAUAAGCCUGUGUUAUCCUCUGCUGGGAAUCAGAAAGUUGGUGUAAAAAAAGCGCUUGUGUUCUAUGGAGGUAAGCCGCCAAAAGGGCUGAAAACAAAUUGGAUUAUGCAUGAGUAUCGGCUUGCCGAUAACAAAGUUAACAACAAGCCUCCUGGAUGUGAUUUGGGCAACAAGAAAAACUCUUUAAGGCUUGAUGAUUGGGUCCUAUGUCGAAUAUACAAGAAGAACAACACAACUAGACCUAUUGACAUUCAUGAUAAGGAUGACUCCAUGGAUGAGAUUCUUGGUCACAUACCGCCUUCGUUGAUGAUCGGUAGCCACCAGAACUCAAGGCUGCAUCUUCCAACAAAGGCCGCAAGCUAUGGAACAUUCAUGGGAAAUGAACCAAAUUUUUUUGAAGGUAUGAUAAGCCAUGAUGGUGGUAUUCAUAACAAUGUCUCAAGUAUUUCACACUUGGCUACUUCUUCAAGCUCAAAGCCACAGCUGCUAAUGGAUCAUUCUUUCAAAAGAACUCUCCCGUCGAUGAAUUGGACCGAAGAUGACGAUAACACAAAGGCAGGGCUUUCAUUGAACAAGAAGUUUCAUUUAGAAAGUAACGAUGGAAGCAUUGAGAGAACAGAUGGAAAUGGUUCAAUUGCAAGUCUACUUAGCCAUCUGCCACAGACAACUCCAUUGCACCAACAAUCAAUGUUGGGGUCAGUGGGAGAAGGUAUUUUUCGGCCUCAAUAUCAGCUUCCGGGAAUGAACUGGUACUAGCACAAUUAGUUUAAUGAUCUAUAUAAAUAUAAUUUAUAUUUUUAUGCUUGAGUGAACAGAAAAAUAACAAAAGAAAAAAAAAAAGAUUUUUCAGAUAAAUAUAAAUAUAAUUAUAAAUAUAUUUAUAGAUUGAAAGAAGAUUAAUUUGCCGUGAAACCUUGCGAGUGUAUGGAGAUUUUGGUCCUUAGGGAAGACAGACUAGAGACUCGUUAGAUGGAUGAUACUAAUGGCCUCGGGUUUCUUUUAAGUGUUAACAAGGUAGCAGCCAGAAUAUGAUUGGGGGAGGCCAUGUAUAUAUUUUGAUAUAUGAAAAACUAUAUAUUAUCUAUGAUUAAGUAUUAAAUACACAGAUUUGCUGGUUAUGUUUGUAACGAUGAAAAAAAAAGCGAAUUGUUGAAGGUGGUUGGUCUUGUUGUAGAAAAUAAAUCUGAUUAAUGUUGUUAUUUUGGUUGGUUAGGAUUAUACAAACUCUAAAUUAAACUCUUAUAGAUAUUGAUCUCUGUUGUAGAGCUUUGUUACUGCUUUCAUUAAUUGUAUCUUAAAUACCUU